GCUAUUGAGAUAUUGCUGCUGUACAUCUUCCCUGGCAUGUCCAUGUUCGGGGACAUCAAGGCGGACAUGGGCUCGAGGUUCCACAACUUCCGCAUCUACGGCACCAUCUUGCUCCUCUUGCUGACUGCCAUCAUUUUCGGCGGCGUGCGACUCGUGAAUCGGUUUGCCGGCGUCGCACUGGCCUGCGUGCUCAUCUCCAUCCUGGCCGUGUACAUUGGCAUCGCCAUCAACGCCAACGGCAGCGACUACUUGCCCAUGUGCAUGCUGGGCUCGAGGAUCCUGGUGCAGGAGAAGAUGCUCGGGGAUCCCCUUGUGCAGCAUCAGGGGACGACAGGAGGAGGUUGUGACGAUGACCUGAGACGACACGGGCCUUUGUUUGAGUACUUUUGUCAUCGGAGGGACGCGGUGAAGAACGAGACGCUGCCGUGUUUCAAGUACUUUUUGGACAACAACGUCACUGUGGGUGUUAGACAAGGGAUCAGGGGUCUAGGGUCCAUGGCGUUGUUUGAGAGCAUGAAAACGUCCUUUGUGGAGAAUCCCGGGCAGUACGUGACUAAUGCGAGGGAUCCCUUGGAGCAUCAUUAUGCCGGGGAGGAUCCCGAGAAUUUCCUCGUCAAGACCGACAUGAAAACCAACUUCAUAAUUUUGGUCGGCAUUUUCUUCCCCUCUGUCACCGGCAUCAUGGCUGGUUCGAAUAGAUCCGGUGAUCUGAAAGAUGCCCAGAAAUCGAUCCCGAUAGGCACGCUGUCGGCUGUAGUGACGACGUCAGCGGUUUACCUGAGUGCAGUCGUGCUCUUGGCGGGUUCCGUGGACAACCUGCUGCUGAGGGACAAGUUUGGGGAGAGCAUCGGAGGACGGCUGGUGGUGGCCAACCUGGCCUGGCCCACUGAGUGGAUCGUGCUCAUUGGCUCCUUCCUGUCCACCAUCGGGGCAGGGAUCCAGAGUUUGACUGGUGCCCCCAGACUGCUGCAGGCAAUUGCCAGAGAUGAGAUCAUCCCAUUUCUCAGACCCUUUGCUGAGUCUGCGCCGAAUGGAGAACCCAGGAGGGCCCUGUUCCUCACUUGGCUCAUAUGUCAGAUAUCUGUCCUCAUUGGCAAUUUGGACAAUAUCACGCCACUCUUGUCCUGCUUCUUCCUCAUGUGCUAUGGGUUUGUCAACCUGGCUUGUGCCCUUCAAACCCUUCUCAAGUCACCCAACUGGAGACCCAGGUUCAAGUACUACCACUGGUCACUCUCCAUAACAGGCUUGGCGCUGUGCACAUGCAUCAUGUUUAUGUGCUCCUGGUUCUAUGCCCUGUUUGCCAUCGGACACGCCAUGUUGAUCUACAAAUACAUAGAGUUCAAUGGGGCCAAGAAAGAGUGGGGAGAUGGCAUCAGGGGUUUGGCUCUGUCAGCUGCUCGCUUUGCCCUUUUGCGUCUGGAAGAAGGGCUUCCUCACACCAAGAAUUGGAGACCACAAGUGCUGGUGUUUGUCAAACUGGAUGCGAACCUUGUGCCCAAGGAGAGUAAAGUUCUGGCAUUCGCCUCUCAGCUGAAGGCGGGCAAGGGCUUGACAAUGCCUGUGUCUGUCAUUGAAGGAGACUUUGUGAAGCGCUUUGUCAACACUCAAGCUGCCAGAAUUAAUCUGCGAAAAGUGAUGGUGGAAGAGAAGCUGGAAGGGUUUGUGGAAGUCGUGGUGGCUCAGAAUGUGCUUGCCGGUGUCACAGGCCUGAUUCAGACUGCCGGUGUAGGAGGCCUGAAGCCCAACACCGUCAUACUGGGCUGGCCCAGGUCCUGGCAGUCCACUGACAAGCAGUCGUGGAAGGUGUUUAUUGAGACCAUCCGCUGUGUUGCAGCUGCUCAAAUGGCACUGAUUGUCCCAAAGGCAAGAGCAUAUUCUUAUUUUGGUGCAUUUCCCUUGUCCUUCAUAUUUGUCAAUCUGUAUAUAAUCAUUGAUUCUUCUUUCUUUCUUUCUUUCUCGGGUCAUCAGGGCAUUUCCUUCUACCCAGACUCGAGGGAUCGAAUCUCGGGAAAUAUCGACGUGUGGUGGAUCGUUCACGACGGCGGUCUCCUCAUGCUGUUGCCGUUCCUGCUGAGGCAACACAAGACGUGGGAAAACUGCCGCAUGAGGAUCUUCACGGUGGCCCAAAUAGAAGACAAUUCCGUGCAGAUGCAGAAAGAGGUGAAGCGGUUCCUGUACCAGCUCCGCAUCGACGCCUCGGUCGAGAUUGUGGAGAUGGAGUAUGCGGACAUCUCGGCCUACACGUACGAGAGAACGCUGGUGAUGGAGCAAAGAGCCCAGAUGUUCACCGAGCUCAAGCUGAGCAGGAAUGAGAGUCGGCUGUACCUCGAGGGCCUGGUGGACCAGCACAGGUCGCACGUUGUCUUUCCCCCGCCGCGACAGCCCAAGUCAAACAAUAAGGUACUGUAUCAUGAGCAAGGUUGCAAUAACAAUAAGUUAAUUUUCAACAAGUGCAUAGAUUUAAAUCCAAUUUUUAUUUAUUUUUUUAAACAAAGAGGUUUUUGA